AUGGGUAGAGUCAUUCGCAACCAGCGCAAGGGUCGUGGAUCCAUUUUCACGGCCAACACGCGCCUGAACAAGGCUCCCGCCAAGUUCCGCAACCUCGACUACGCCGAGCGCCAUGGCUACCUCCGAGGUGUCGUCCGCGAGAUCGUUCACGAUGCUGGUCGAGGUGCUCCCCUCGCCAAGGUCGUGUUCCGCCACCCCUACCGAUUCAAGCAGGUCACCGAGACCUUCAUCGCCAACGAGGGCAUGUACACCGGCCAGUUCAUCUACGCCGGAAAGAAGGCUGCCCUGACCGUCGGCAACGUCCUUCCCCUCGGUGAGAUGCCUGAGGGUACCGUCGUCUCGAACGUCGAGGAGAAGAUUGGCGACCGUGGUACUCUCGGCCGCACCUCCGGCAACUACAUCACCAUUGUCGGCCACAACCCCGAUGAGGGCAAGACCCGCAUCAAGCUCCCCUCCGGUGCCAAGAAGGUUGUCCACUCCAAGUCCCGAGGAAUGAUCGGUAUUGUUGCUGGUGGUGGCCGAACCGACAAGCCCCUCCUGAAGGCUUCUCGUGCCAAGCACAAGUUCGCUGUCAAGCGCAACAGCUGGCCCAAGACCCGUGGUGUUGCCAUGAACCCCGUCGACCAUCCCCACGGUGGUGGUAACCACCAACAUAUUGGUAAGGCUUCUACCAUCUCCCGAUACGCCGCCCAGGGUCAGAAGGCCGGUCUUAUCGCUGCCCGGAGGACGGGUCUUCUCCGUGGUACCCAGAAGACGAAGGAGUAA